AUGGACUCGAGGACCUCAAGGUUAAAUCCACUUGGGACGAGCUUUACUGAAAAGCACUGGGAGCUCUCGGACCCUGGAUCAGAUACUUCAGAGCUUUUUCAAUCCCGACAAAGAACUCCCGUCCGAUCUACGCCAGAAAUACGAAGGAAUAACUUUGCCGGAAGAAAAGGGAAGAAUGCGCCUCCUAUAGUUGGCCUCAGUCCAGAAAAACUGGACGCAAAAUGUGUCGAAAGCACAGCGAGGCUAGAAGAUGUUCCGAAAAUAGAUUUGAACUCGUCGAGGUGCCAAGUCGACCCGUUUUACGAACACGGAGAAGAUGAUAUCGUUUGGAAUCCGAGUUGCGUCACCAUCUUUGGGUUCGCUGAGAAUAUGGUGAUGCACAUUCUGCGACACUUUUCGAACAUCGGCAGAAUCACCCGCUACCAGAUUCCAAAAGAAGGGACGAAUUGGAUCUUUGUCCAGUUCGAGAAUCAUCUUCAGGCCAAACGGGCGAGGGAGAAGCACGGAGAUAUAAUUUCCGGCUGCAUGGUCGGAGUCACUAAAUGCUUCGACGAAGAAUUCAACAACGCCUCGAAUCAAGUUGCAUGCAACGAUACUUUUAUCAUGGCUUCAAAGAGCUUCGCCGGCAGCUCAGGCGAUACGCUGAACUCAUCGACGUCCUCUCGAUUCUCUGGCAUGCGAAAUUGCUCCGUUCUCUCUCCCUACAAUCAGCGAAAACGCGUCUUAGAUCCACCAUUCAACCACGGAGAAGAAGGCGUGCCCACGAAAUCCGCGGGCGUGUUCCAACGAGCGCUGGGUUACAUAUUCAACUGGUGA